UCAACAGCCGGAUUAUUUUGAUAUUUCAACAAAACUUUGAGACUUUCUAGAUUUUUUGUAGCUGAGCUACGAAUCAAGUAUUCCAAGUGUAUCGUUAGAUUUCGCUGUCUUUAGCACGGAUGGAUUCGGUGUUGGACAAAAAACUACUCGGUUUCCGACAAAUCGCCCAGGAAAAGCUGCAGCACAUUCUCUGUUCAAUACCACUGGACAAAGACUUGGUAAUCGAGCCGACAUUAAUUAAGCCGUUGGAACAUAUUGUAGGGGCAUCAUGGCUCAAGAAAAAAGGAAUCGAUAAAAUCUACAAAUUUGAUUCUAAAAAUGCUCCACCAAAACGAAAACAGUUCGUCUAUCUGAUCGGUUGCAACCUUCUAACAUUCAAAAGUGCGCUCGAUCAGAUCAGUAGCUACCAGAGUCAAAUGUCGAGCAGCCUGAUGAUUGCCGAAGCGGACAAGGGUAGCAAACAGUACCACGUCAUCGUUUUUCCUUUGGUACUGACUAGCUUCGAACAGCUUCUCGAAGAAGAAGGUCUCCACGGGCUGGUAGAUUUAUACAGCUUCCAGUGGGACUUCAUAGCGCUCGAUCAGGGGCUACUGAGUUUGGAGCUGCCGAACGUCUUUGCUGAUGUAUUCGUUCGACAGGACUGUUCAACGCUUGGGUCCAUUGCACAAAGUUUAAGGAUUUUCGAUAUGGUGAUGGGUAAACCGAAUCUGGUUUUCACCUUGGGUAACAAUGCCGAAAAGGUGAUUCAAAUGAUGCAACAGAUUCAAGCUGGUAGAAAAAGCAAAAGCGAAGAAGCAAAACCAACUCCCGAUUUCAGUGCAAUGCUGAUCAUCGAUCGAGACAGAGAUUAUCCGUCCUGUUUGCUAACACCGGUAGUUUACUCUGGUUUGCUACUAGAGAUACACAAAUUUAAUUCUGGUUCGCUGACUAUUGAUUCGGCUGGCAACAAAAUUAGAAAUGGAAAAUUAACCAUUUUGCAGAACCUGGAUGAGAAAACGACUAAGCAGGAAAUAACUCAUUUGAGAAUGAACGGAUCGCAAGAUUUGAUUUAUCAGGAAAACCGUUAUCGACAUUUUUCCGAGGUGAUUGGUCUGCUGAGCAGCCAAGCCAAAACUCUAGGACUGGAGGGAAAAAUGUACUCGAGAGAAAUGAAGCUUUCCGAAAUGAAAGAUUAUGUUACCAACAAACUACCGAAAGUGGCGGCACAGAAAAAAGAACUGUUCAAACAUCUACUGCUUUGCGAGACAAUCGUUGAAGAAAUCGGAGCUAAUUUUGAAAAAUUGCAGCUCAUUGAAGAAAGUAUUCUGACAAACACCAAUCGGAAGCAAAUUCUGGCCUAUAUUGAGGAACAAUUAGCAGCGGAUGCUCACAAGUAUAACACGUUAAGAUUAAUCUGUUUGUAUCAUAUCACGAUCGGUCUAACAAAUGAAGAUAUGACUAAAUUUAUGACGGCUUAUCUGAAUGCUUUUGGUUAUCAAAUUCUGACUGUAUUCAAUAGCUUGUACCAGGCAAAGCUAUUUCCUGAUACGACGAAUUUAACCAAAAUAAAAAAGCUACCGCAAAUCUCUAUACCAAUUCUCAAAACUCCAUUUCAAAUCGAGGCCAACAAGUUAAAGUUACUACCAAGCGACGUAAGUCAAAGCUCAGAUUCGGUAGUUUCUCCCAGUAGCCCAACCAGUCCGACCAGUGUCGGUAGUUCCAAGCAGUGCCCUAGUUAUGUGUUUAAUGGAAAUUAUAUUCCACUGAUAGCCCAGCUGUGCCAUAUGAUCGCGACAGCGUCCAGUUUCGAAGACCUGAACAAUCGUUUCGGACAUCUCGAACGGCUUCGAUUAUCUGGGCAAAAAUUUGGGCCCAAAACAUUCCGCGAGCUAUCGAUUACCAGUGCGAAGGGCGACGUGAAUCAAAUUCUACCGCUCAAGGGAAAACCGAUAUUUGUUUUCGUUCUUGGAGGUAUUACCUACGCCGAAAUUGCGGCCUGUCGUCUUGUGGAAAGUUUAACUGGAGGGAAAAUAGUACUGGCCUCGGACUCGAUUCGAUCCGGUUGUGAUAUUAUUGACAGUGUUGUUGGAUGCUGAUGAUAUUGCGAAAAGAAAACUCGAAUUUUCAAUCAUGAGUAACCAUUGUAUUAUCCUAAAAACCAUUAAAAUCACACAAAUCUUCU